UUAGGAGUUGAAUAGUGGAGAGAAAUGAAAACAAAAAGAAAGGAAAACACGGGAAACUAGGAAAGAAAGGACAGGCGUGGAAGGCUUCUCAGAUAAAACCCUUCGUCUGCUUUCUUCGUCUGGCUCUCCCUCUCUCUCUCUCUCUCGCUCUCUCAGACAAUUUGCUGAGGAAGAAUUUUGAUAUGGGGCUGCGUUCAAGUUUUGAAACUUUCAUUGUAUAAUGAGCAGAGGCUUCAACCUCUUCUUCUCAGAAGAAGAUGGCUCUGCAGGAAGAAGAAACCCAACAGCUACAAAGCCCUCAAAUGGUCCUUGAUGGUCUCUUCUGUGAGGAGGAGAGUUUUGAGGAAGAAGAUGGUAUCGAGGAAGAAGGGAGGAAGAAUGCUGAUGAGUAUGUGAAAAAGCACUCACUUUUCCGUUCAGUUUUGGUAGAGAAUGACAUGGUUUGGGAUAAUGAUGAGCUUGUGUCCCUAAUUAUUAAAGAAGGAGAAACCCAUGUUUGUCUGAGCAGUCUGAUCUCAGAUGGACCUUUGAUGGUAGCUCGGAAAGAGGCUGUGGAUUGGAUUUUGAGGGUUAAGGCGCACUAUGGGUUCUCUGCUUUGACCGCUUUUCUCGCUGUGAAUUACUUCGAUAGGUUUGCUUCUGGCCUGAUGUUCCAGCGGGACAAGCCCUGGAUGAGCCAUCUCGCCACCGUGGCUUGUCUUUCUCUGGCUGCCAAGGUGGAGGAGACCCAAGUGCCACUUCUCUUAGACUUGCAAGUGGAGGAAUCAAAGUAUGUGUUUGAAGCAAAGACUAUUCAGAGAAUGGAGCUUCUAGUGCUGUCCACUCUUCAAUGGAGGAUGAAUCCGGUGACCCCAAUUUCCUUCUUUGAUCACAUCAUCAGGAGGCUUGGUUUGAAGACCCACUUGCAUUGGGAGUUUCUGUGGAGGUGUGAGCGCCUUAUUGUUUCUGUCAUUGCCGAUUCGAGGGUUAUGAGCUAUCUUCCGUCGGUAUUAGCUACUGCAACAAUGCUUCAUGUUAUUGAAGAUGUUGAGCCAUAUAAUCCCCUGGAAUAUCAGAACCAGCUUACUAAUGUUCUUAAAAUCAGUGAGGAAAAACUAAAUGAGUGCUACAAGCUUAUCCAGGAAAUAUCUGAGAGCCAUGGCCACAAUCAUAAUCGAAGUAACAAGCGAAAGCAUCUGUCAGCACCGGGCAGCCCAAAUGGCGUUAUUGAUGCAUCUUUCAGCUGUGAUAGCUCUAAUGACUCAUGGGCUGUGGCAUCAUCAUCCCCAGAGCCUUCUUUCAAAAGGAGCAGAGCACAGGAUCAGCAGAUGCGGUUGCCUUCACUAAACCGUGUCUGUGGGUGUUCUUGGUAGCACUCGUUAAUCUUUCAUUGUCUUAAUGUCUACUAGUAAACAUGGUAUCAUAAAUUUCCUCUUCUUCAUAUUAUUGGUAGUAUCUUUUUUGUAACUUGCAAUUAUGUUGUGUUCCAUGAUUUAGUAUUGCAUUCUGCUGAAUCUAUAUUAAUGAGUAUGGAGAUCACAUCUUACACCCCAUUUUCUGAUUUGGGUUGGGGGGUUCUAUGGUGGUCUUGGAAUAAAAAGAAAAGUGAAUGUGCUUCUUUACCAGA